AUGAAUUUGGUUGGACAGUUGACUUUAAUUUUAGAUAUGAAUUUGGUUGGACAAUUGACAACAGGCAUUGAUCAUAAAAUGCCUCUACAGUUCGCUUUGUGCAAUAUUCUGCUGCUUACUUUGGCAGGAAUAUGUUUGGCAGGGCUUUAUGCGAUAUACCAAAUGUUAUAUAUGUUUAUAACACCUUUAAUGUGGGCUACACUCGUAGGAACGAUAAUUUUUCCUGUAAAAAAACACAUCAAGAGUUCUAUCAGCGGAUGGAUGUCAAGAACAGAUGAGGAAGAAAUACCGUUUCUUUUAUCUGUUGCUUUCAUGCCAUAUCAUGCUGUUACUAGCUUCACUGAUACGUUUAUUACAUAUAUGACAAGGCGUGAAGGAGUUGUGGUACUGGCAGUCUAUUUGAUUUUAAAAGUGUUAAGACGUGUCACUUUAAUCAGUUUGGUACAUUUGAUUGGUGAUCUUUAUUCAAAUAUCGAUCACUUUAUUCAGUUAUGCAGCAAAAACUGGGUGCUGGUUUUGAUGUCUUUAUAUUUUGCUGCAUUUUGUGGUUGGCUUUGUGUACAAGAUGCACGUUUCAUCCACAAAAAAUUAGCACGUUUGAUAUCUGCUCCUCUGUGGUUGUAUGGUUUAGCAAAAAUAUCCUCUUUCUUCGGUCCUUUUGCUGUCAUCAUUAUGACCGUUGCUUCAGUGGUGCUCGCUACUAUAGCAGUAGGGAUAUUGACUACAGAAGAAAUCACAGUAGAUGAUGCAAAAAAAACUGGUGAAGUUCCUUCCAAGAUCACCGAAGAGUCGAAUGAUGAAAAUGUUGGGAGUGAGAAAUUGACAGGCAAUUUUUAUUUGCAGGGUAUUAUGCUUUUAUGUCUACUAGAAUUUGCUGUACUACACGAUUUUGUGAUUUGUGUCGCAUUCAUUAUGGCUUUCUUCACAAUGUUAAGAAAGAUUGCAUUUCGUAACCAGAAUAUGUUUUCAGGUUUCAUUGUUUCCACGCAGACAGGUCUUAAAGGAAGAAUUAACGACGUUCUCAAAAUAUUUUAUCAGAAAAUAAAGCAAUUAAUGUAUGUUACUGUAUCUGGACCGGUCAGAAAUUUCUUCAGAUUCUUCUUUUCAAAAGAUUACAUGAUAAAGAAUUUCUUAAGACGAGCUCUGGAUGAUAUUUCAACCGUGCUGGUUAUGCUAUUACUAGUUUUUAUAUCUCUUUUUAUUGCUUUUAUUACUCUUUUCGAAGUUCAUAGCGAAGGAGUUCAUUUGAUCCGUCUCGGUGCUAAUCUGAUGUUGCAACAGCCUGAAUGGAUUAUGGAUUACGCAAAAACUUAUACUGGAAAUGAAUUGGAGGAAAACGAUAUUAAUAAUUAUGUUGAACAAGGUUAUCUCAAAGGGCGAGAAUGGAUGGUCACUAACAUACGUUCAAUCAUUCCAACAAAAGAUCCCGUUAGAGGAGAACUUCUUCAAAUCGAAUUAAUUGAGUUACUGGAUAAGCUGUAUAAAGUAUGGGAAACCCGUAAUGAGGGAAAUAUAUUGCCUUCGGGCAACAGUACUGUCGAGAAAGGUUGGAUGGAUCACGUAAAAGUUUUUACAAGCUUAGAUACACUCAAAGAGGAAGUUAUUGAAUUGAUUAAAGCAAACAUCGAUAUGAUAAUGAGCAUUGCACAAUCAAUCUGGUCCUUCACUUCCGCAAAUAUAUCCACUUUGGGAACAGUUAUGUUUGCUGUCAUUGCAAUUGUGAUAGAUUUUGGCCUUGAAAUCUUCAAUUUCUUUUUGGAAACUAUUGUUUUCCUGACAGCCUUGUAUUACUUAUUAGCUAGUAGUCAUGAUAUUUGGCUGCCAAUGAAAUGGCUGAAUGAUGUACUGCCUUUAUCUCAUGGUAAAUCUGGAUCUGUUGUAUAUAAUACUGGAGAUAUCAUUACAGCUAUCGAACAUGCGAUAAGGUCACUUUUUUAUUUAUUCAGUGAAGAGUCAGUAAUGUUGGCAGCAAUUUUCGCAGCAGUCCCCAUUGUAUCACCUUAUUUUGUCUUUAUUUUUGGUUUCCUGGAAUUAUAUUUCAUGAAGCAUGAAACUGCUGUUGCUAUUUUGUUUGUUAUGGCGGGAUUUGCACCAAAAGUUUUUGCCGAAACAGCUUUUUAUAACGAGUUGAGUGGAAGCCAUCCGUAUGUCACUGGCUUAGCAAUUAUUGGUGGCAUGUACUGGCUUGGAUUACAAGGUGCAAUUAUUGGUCCAAUUCUACUUUGUUCCAUGAUUGUUCUAUUGGAUCUGUGUAAAAAUUUUGCGCAGUCUUAUCAAUAA